AACCUCCCAAAGUUUUUUUCUCCCCAGCACAACUUUUGUCAACUUUGUGUAACCACUUAACUCCGAAUUUCUCAUCGUGUGGACGCUGCAUGUUUGCACUCCGUGACAACAAAGGGUAGGCGAUUUCUGGAUUAGAUAUCGAUCACGGCCCUAAAAAAAAAAAAAAAUAAUAAUAAUGGAAAGAAAGAAAGAAAGCCUGCAUUCCCCUGGAGACUGUAGAGACGAGUUUUCAACAGACGAGGAUGUAGAAGCCCCGCGGCCGGAGAAGCGCGCGGCGCAGGUGUCCCGUCUGCCCUUCAGCGUGGACGCGCUGAUGUCGGACAGGAGGCCGCUGACAGCAGAUGGGAAAUCCUCUUUGCACGAUGAACGGCCGCACAGGCCGGAUGUGUUUUCCCGACAAUUGGUAUCUAUCAAAUCAGAGCCUUUGGAACGAGGCGGCCGUGCGUCCUGGAUGUCCAGCCCCAUUGAGAUGUCAACGCCACCCCGGCAGCUCAGUCCAGCAGUGUGCUCCUUGAGGAAGCACAAAACCAACCGCAAGCCUCGCACUCCCUUCACCAGCACGCAGCUCCUGGCCCUGGAGAGAAAGUUCCGUCAGAAGCAGUACUUGUCCAUCUCCGAGCGGGCCGAGUUCUCCUCUUCCCUGUCGCUGUCCGAGACCCAGGUCAAGAUCUGGUUCCAGAACCGGCGAGCUAAAGCCAAGAGGCUUCAGGAGGCCGAGGUGGAGAAACUCAAAAUAGCGGCUGGCAUUGGGCCCAAAGCUGUAUUCCACCCUGGCUUCCCGUCCUUAGGUUUUCCCCUUAGUGUUAACCUGCAGGCUGGAUCAGCAGCACUUUACGGACUGGGCUGCUCAUAUGGCCGCAGCCCCAUUUCCCCCGCUGCACAUCUGGUCAUGUACGCCUCACAGGUCGGCCACAGCCUGUUCCACCUCUCCUGAGGGGAAGCAGCAUUAUACAGACAACGCGACAUGGAUGUGUGUAGAAAAAGAGGACGAGUGUAUCGUGAAGUCAUGCACCUUAUAAAAGACUUGAUUACGGUCCUGAAGUGGAGCUGAAGCUUUGUGAUGUUAACUGGUCUUGAGUUACACGGAGAAUUUAUAAAUGUCCUUUUACAAGGAUAUGGCAUCAAGAUCAGUUUUUGCUGAUUCAGCAGGGUUCACUGAUAAUGAAUGGAAUAUUGAUACCAGAUUGUAUUUAUUGUAGCCUUUUUGAUUUUUGUUUUUUCUACUCUUCCUGUAUUCCCUGGAUUAAUCCAGCAUUGGCAGUCAAAUUUUCACUUGUUAGCCUUGAAUAUGCAGGGAUAUUGUAUGUAAUACUGCUCUCAGAAUAAUAAGAAGCGACAAAUGGAGAAUGACAUUUCCGACUUGGUGAAGUGCAGGCAUGCUUUAAAGCCAAAGCAUGCCCAAUUUGGGCUGCACGAUAUGAGGAAAAUAUCAAAUUGCGAUUAUUUUGACUGAUAUUGCGAUAUGAUUCACGAUA